AUGCCAAUAUCCUACCCCCGCCCAGACUUCCAACGCACCCCUCUAAACUGGGCCACCUUAGACGGUCCCUGGACCUUCACCUUCGACGAUAAAGACGAAGGCCUAGCCUCGCAAUGGCACAAAAGGAGCCUGAAAGGGGAAACCUCCCACCAGAUAACAGUUCCAUACGCAUUCCAAACCCCAGCGUCGGGUAUAAACCUCAUCGAAGCGCACGAGGUAAUGUGGUACGAGCGACGCAUCACGGACAUCCGUACAGCCAACGAAAAGCACAAAGGGGAUAGACUCCUCCUCCGCUUCGGCGCCGUUGAUUAUGAGUGCUCUGUCUGGGUAGAUGGUGUCCUUGUCGGCGGACAUCGCGGCGGACAUGUGCCAUUCGAUAUAGAUGUCUCUGACGCCCUGGCUGACGGCACUACGGAGGCUCGUCUCACUCUCCGUGUUAGAGACUCGCCUUAUGACAUGACCCAGCCGCGUGGAAAGCAGUUCUGGAAGCCUGUGCCGGAGAGUAUCUUCUACACCCCCAGCGGGGGUAUCUGGCAGUCUGUUUGGUUAGAGAGUGUUCCGGCCAUGCGGUUGCUAUGUGGAAGUGGAGGAACGGUGAUUCGUUCUGAUGACAUUGAGCUCGGCCAGUUGCAUGCGACGGUUCAUGUUGCCGGACGUCGGGUUGGAAGUGCGGCGAAGGUUGAGGUUGAGGUAUCGCUCGCGGGGCUGACUGUUGCGAAGGUGGAUGGAGAGCUUCUGCGGGAUAAAACUUUCAUUGCACUUGAUUUGGGUUUAAAGGUUACUGAAGAUGCGGUAGGGAAGUUGAAGACUCAAAACCCAGAGCUGUUUGGUGUUGACGGAGUCUGGAGUCGGGGCGUUGCACUCUGGGCCCCGGAGCAUCCUGUUCUCUAUGAUAUUACGCUUCGGCUGUUUGAUGGGGGUGGCAAUCUGGUUGAUGAAGUCCAGACUACGACCGGAAUGCGCAGUCUAUCCUGGAAAAACGGCGAUGGAACAUUCCGACUGAACGGAAAGCCGUAUUUCCAGAUGCUAUUCCUGGACCAGGGAUACUGGCCCGAAACGGGAAUGACACCUCCUUCUUCAGAGGCAUUGAAGAUGGACAUCGAGCUUGCGCAGAACCUCGGCUUCAAUGGAUGUCGCAAGCACCAGAAAGUCGAAGAUCCGCGCUUCUACUACUGGGCAGACCGCAUGGGCUUCCUCGUCUGGGGCGAGAUGGCAAAUGCGUACGAGUUCGACGCAGAUUACAUUGAGCGAUUUACCAGCGAGUGGACCGAAGCCGUGAAGAGGGAUAUCAAUCAUCCAUCGCUGGUCACCUGGACGCCACUUAAUGAGUCGUGGGGCGUAUCUAACUUGAAGGACAGCAUCGAGCAGCGUAACCAUGUUCGCGCUUUGUACUACGUGACCAAGAUCCUCGAUCCUAGUAGACCAAUCAACGACAACUGCGGCUGGGAACACGUCAAAACUGACCUAACAACUUUCCACGACUACAGCGACUCAGUCGAUCUGAGCGCAGCAUGUGCCAGCAUGUCAGGGAUCCUCGAAUUGAAAGGUGGACACUCGGUUUUCACUCAACCGAUCUACUCGGGAUUCUCCGGUUCCAUGAUCUUCGACAAAGGUGCCCAGCAUACGCCUGGUGCGCCAGUGAUCUGCACUGAGUUUGGCGGGGUUAAUAUCGCACCGCCUAAGGACUCUGCUGCUGCCGGGGAGCGGGACUGGGGUUAUACGACUGCGAGUGACCCGGCAGACUUCUUGGUUCGAUUUGAGAAACUGGUUAUGGCGGUUGUGAAGCCCGGACAUAUUUGUGGGCUUGUCUGGACUCAGUUAUGUGAUAUUGAGCAAGAGGUGAAUGGUCUGUACACCUAUGAUCGUAAAGAAAAGGUUCCCGCAGAGAAGGUGAAGGCGAUUAUGGAUGCUGCGAGGGAUCAUUACUACCAUCAUCUCACGUCGCAUCACUCGAAGGGGUUUAGGAAGCUACUAGAUCAGUAUAAGAAUGUUGUGCAUCGUUAG